AUGUUCCCCAACCCCGACACCUCCAUAUUUGAUGUAGCUCAAGGGGAAAGUCCCGAGAAGGAGAAGCCCCAGCAGUACCGCUAUACAAGGAGGAAGUCAACUCAUCCAUGUGGUACCGAAUCGACACUUAUGGAGCAGAGAGAAAAGGUGGAGAGAGAUACUUUGCUCUGUGCAAGUCGUGGCACAAGACUCGAAAUCGUUCCUGGCCAACCAUCAAACUCCAGUCCACGGUAUCUCUGCAGUCACAAAGAGUAUCUAUCCUUUCCCUACAAGUGUGAUUCUCGACAAGAAAUUCCUUAA